AUGCUUGAACGUGAAAAGGGAAAGAAGAUGCUUGAACGUGCAGCAGCAGCAGCAGAGGAUUAUUCUUCUUUCCAGAUGCUUGAAUGUGCAGCAGCAGCAGCAGAGGAUUAUUCUUCUUCCCAGAUGCUUGAACGUGCAGCAGCAGCAGCAGAGGAUUAUUCUUCUUCAGCUUUUGGCAUAGCUAUGGCUGAUUCCAUCAACUCAAAUGCCAAUCAAAAUGCAAAUCCAAACUCAAAUAUUUCUGAUCCAUCCCAACCAAACAGCCCCUAUUUUAUUGGUUCCAAUGACAGUUCUGGAGUCCUUCUUGUCACUCAAAUGCUUGAUUCAAGUAACUAUCAUUCUUGGGCACGUUCAAUGAAAAGAGCUCUUCGCAUCAAAAACAAACUUGGGUUUGUUGAUGGAAGCAUUUGUGAACCAUCUGAGGCUGAUAGUCCAUUGAUGGAUCAUUGGCUUCGAUGCAAUGACAUAGUCAUCACCUGGCUGCAAAACACCAUGUCAGUUGACAUUAAGAGCAGCACCCUUUAUGCUGAGACUGCUCAUCAACUGUGGAAGGAACUUGAGCAACGACUUGCACAGCAAAAUGCUCCAAGGAUUUAUGAAGUAAAGCAAGGUAUUGCUACAAUAAUGCAGAACCAAGACACUGUAAGUAUGUAUUACUCUAAGUUAAAAACUCUGCUAGAUGAAUUGAUGAACUAUGAGUCUAUUCCUAACUGCACAUGUGGGGGUUUGAAAACAAUAGUGGAUAACCACGAAAGAGACUGGGUGAUGAAGUUUCUUAUGGGUUUAAAUGACACAUACAAAGCCCUUAAGGCUCAGAUCCUUCUAAUCAAGCCUUUCCCUAGUCUAAAUGAAGUGUACUCCAUAAUACAAUAA